CCUGUUUCUGAAGCCACAUUCUGAGGCUUAACUACGUUCUGAAGACGCCAGAUAGCAGGUCUGAGAAACAUAGGCUACGAAGAGUCAUGUUGAAAGGAGGGACCUCAAAGGGGGGGCUGCCAAAGCCAGGGCUCCAGGAUAGGGCCCGCCUGACCACUGCUGUUGCUUCAAUGGGUAUGAAGGCCUCCAGAUCCUCCAGCAUGCUGGCUACAGACUUGCGCCUCAGCAGGUUAAAGAGGGCAAGCAGCGACGAUGCCUUGGCCAAGCCAGGUGUGGGAUCAACAUCCAUUGCCUCCCGCAUGAAGAAGACCGUCACCACAGGGGCCAUCUGUGAACUGGCAGAUGCCCGGCCUCGCAGCUUGACAAGUGUUCAAUCUGCCAAGAAGUCUGGGAUUCCAGCCCCCAAGGAGAUUCCUCCCACAAUUUCAAGAGAGAGAGUUUCAUUGCGAGAUCAGCUGCGGCCGGCCAGCAACAAGAAAAUGAUACCCAGCACUAGCACAUCCAGCCUCUCAACACUUGCCAAGAAUCCCCGUAUCUCUAUUAAAACAAAAUCAGACAAUGAGGUGAAUGACACAGCUGUGUUGGAGUGUCAGGUCAAGGAACUUUUGGCUGAAGCAAAGGCCAAGGAGUUUGAGAUUAGCAAGCUGCGGACAGAGUUGCAGCGGUGUCGGGGGCGCUGCACACUAGGAGGCAACUCCCCUGAUGAUGCAGAGCUAGACAUGCAGUUGCUUGAAGUACAGGCCUUGGUCAAGGCACUACAAGAGAAGAAUGGCAAGUUCCAGCGUGAGCUGGCAGCACUGCGGGAUGAGAACCAGAACUUGAAGGAGAAACUUCUUUCUCUUGAACAGUCUCCCCUCUUUAGCAGCAAUUGCACCACCUUCAGCAGCUCACCAACCUCCUUGAGCAGCUCUGAGAAGUACCAGUAUACCACAUCCAAAAUUAAUAGAAGUCCAGUGAAGGUCUCACCAUCAUCCAGCAGUGACAUCACAAAGAGCUCCCCAUCACCAGACUCUUCCGAGUUUGAGAAGAUCCCCUCUAGGUCAGACUCGGUGUGUAGCGGACUGGGUAAGGGCCCUUGUGACUCCAGUUUGAAUGGCAAGGACCUGUCCGUGGAGUGCCUGACUGAGAAAAUCCAAAAGAUGGAGGAGAGCCAUCACAGCACAGCCGAGGAGCUGCAAGCCACAUUGCAGGAACUCUCUGACCAACAGCAGGUGGUGCAGGAGCUGACGGCUGAGAAUGAGCGGCUGGCAGAGGAAAAGGGCCUCUUGCAGACCUCACUGCAGCAACAGAGGGAACGUGUGGAAUUGCUGACUCAGAAGAAUGAAGGCCUACUGACGCGACUGCAGGAGCAAACUGAGAGCGAGGAGGCCCUGGCUAGGGCAGCCAGGGUUGUAGAGCUGGAGCAGAGGUACUCUGAGUUGGUAGACAACUCCCGCUUUGAGCGUGAGAAGCUGGUGGACAUUCAGCAGCAGCUGACGAGCAGCCUGAGGGAGCUGGAGAAGGAGCACCAGGAGGCACAGGGAUUCUUAACGAACCUAAAAGAGGAGAGGGAUUCCCUUCUGAGGUGCAUUGAAAAGGAGCAAGAGGCCAGCAUCAAAAUAGCUAGGACAGUGGAGGAGCAGAGGUCUAAUAUGGAGGCACUGAAGGUGGAUAACGGAAGACUGAAGGCACAGCUGGACAUGGAGAGGCAGAAGGUGGCUGAGCUGAAGGCGAUGCAGAGUGCAAGUGACAACACAGAGAUGCAGCGGUUGCUUAAGGUGGCACUGUCUGAGAAAGAACAGCUGGAACUGUCUUGCACUGAACUGCAACAGGAGCUUUUGCAGGCCAAGAGUGAGAAAGACCGUGCUGAAGGAAUGCUGUCAAAGGCUGAGGCAGAGUGUCAGCAGCUACAGGAGAAGUGCACCAAGCAAGAGCUAGAGCAAAGUGCUGCAGUUCUCUCUCUGGAGGAAAAAAAUCGAGAGAAUGAAGCACACAUCAAGGACCUGAAGGAGACCAUCUUUGAGCUUGAGGACCAGGUGGAGCAGCACAGGGCUAUACAACUACACACUAACCAGUCCAUCCUGGACCUAGAAAGUCAAGUGAAGAAGCUGGAAGAGCAGAAAUUCGAGGUGGAGAAGCAACUAAAGACUCUGAGCAAACAGAUGAAGGAAGAGACAGAGGAGUGGCGACGCUUCCAGGCCGACCUGCAGACAGCCGUGGUGGUAGCCAAUGACAUCAAGGUGGAAGCUCAACAGGAGCUGCGCACUCUACGCAGACGGCUACAGGAGGAGCAGGAGCGGAAUACAAGACUAGAGGGGGAGCUGGAGCAGCUACAGGGCACCAGGUCAAAGGGUGAGGAUGCUGAUUUUUCAGACACAGACGGCAGUCCUCGCUGGUGCGGGAUCUCUAUGAGUCAGGCAGCACCGACCGUCUCUGAGCCUGGAGCCACCGUCAAGUCCCUCAUCAAGUCCUUUGACUCAGCGGUGCAAAGUGGACUUGGGCAUGCACAUGCAAUGCACUCCUCAUCCAGAAGCCCUCUCAGUGGGAUACCUGUGCGCUCUGCCCCUGCAGCUGCUGUUUCCCCAAUCCAGAGACAUUCCUCUAUCAAGCCUCUCUCAAAAAUGCUAGAGAAAAGAAUCAACCUUGGAGACUUCUCUCAUCCUGACAAGCUGUUGAGCCCGGGCGAUGACCUAAAACCCAGCAGUCUCAUGAGGAAGAGCCCAUCCUUAGAAUCCGUCAUCAAGUCCCCAGGGAACCCAACAAGCCGUACAUCCUCCUUCAGCUACCCAAAGGCAAACAGCAAGCUAAGUGUGGAAAGAAAAGACCCCUUGGCUGCACUGGCCAGAGAGUAUGGAGGAUCUAAGAGGAACGCACUUCUGAAGUGGUGCCAGAGGAAAACAGAAGGCUAUCCGAACAUUGAUGUGACCAACUUCAGCAGCAGUUGGAGUGAUGGCCUGGCCUUCUGUGCUCUUCUGCAUACGUAUCUGCCUGCUCACAUCCCAUACCAGGAGCUGGUCAGCCAUGACAAGAGCAGAAAUUUGAGCCUCGCUUUCCAAGCAGCAGAGAGCGUCGGCAUCAAGUCCUCACUGGACAUUAACGAGAUGAUGCACACAGACAGACCUGAUUGGCAGAGCGUCAUGCAAUAUGUUUCCCAGAUCUACAAAUACUUUGAGACUUGAGGGGAGGAGGAGACAGCCAAUAUGACAGCACUUUCCAGUCCUCCCUCCCAAACCAACCAGCAUGCAAGGCAGCCAUCAUCUUGGAAGGCCUUCAUCUGCUUUCAGUUACAGUGUUUAUUACUUUUACACCCACACUUUACCGUGACCUUGCCAGACCUGAGGUGCAGUUUACUAACAGGCUUGAGUAAUGUUUGUUCUGUACAGAACUAUUUUUGCUUUUAUGCCACGUUUACAGUGUUUUAACACUAAUUCAUAGCUAUAAAAAACUGUCAAUAGGAAGCAUUUAUUUAUUCAGAAUUUAAUGUUAAAAAUUAAAAUGACUUAAGAAAACAGAUUAUACAGAGCAGUUUUUUGGUGGCAUUAGACUUUUGGCCUGAGAAAUUGAGAUACUUCUCAGACUACAAACAGGACUGUUGCUGAUAAACUUUUUUGUCCAACAACAAAGUUGUCCUCUUUUAAUGAAUUAUACGCAAUGACUGUGUGGCAAAUAAAUUAUUAUAAUUUAUGUUACUUAAGACUUUUUCCUGAAUAGUACAAUG